AUGGCGAGCAGCUUGGUGACGGGUGGCGGUCUAGAGGCAGAAGCAAUGGCGCCGGAGCGGGAGCACACUGGCUGGACCGCCGAGGAGGAGCCGGCCGGCGUAGGGAAGGGUUUGUUUCAAGAUGAAGACUCAUGCCGUGAUUGUAGCAAUUACGAUAAGGCAGUUACAAGUUUACAGAGUUUUGUGCUAGAAGGUAAAACGCUUUUCCCAGAAAUUUUCCAAACAAGUCAACUUUUGUUCUAUGAGCGAUUCAGAGCGUAUCAAGAUUACAUUUUAGCUGACUGCAAGGCCUCUGAGGUCAGAGAAUUCACAGCUGAGUUCUUGGAGAAGGUCCUGGAACCAUCUGGAUGGCGGGCAGUCUGGCACACUAAUGUGUUCGAGGUGCUGGUUGAGGUCACAGACGUGGACUUCCUAGGACUGAAGGCGGUAGUGAGGCUUGCUGAGCCAUACCUCUGUGAGUCUCGGGUAAACACUUUUACCGCUGAGUGUAUGAACGAGCUCCUCGAUCUGAAAGAACGCCGGCUGCCCCUGCAGGAGCUCUGGGUGGUGUUCGAUGAUUCUGGAGUGUUUGACCAGACAGCACUUGCAAUUGAGCAUGUCAGGUUUUUCUACCAAAACAUUUGGAGGAGUUGGGAUGAAGAAGAAGAGGAUGAAUAUGAUUAUUUUGUCAGAUGUGUUGAACCUCGACUGAGAUUGCACUAUGACAUACUUGAGGACCGAGUUCCUUCAGGACUCACGGUUGACUACCGCAGCCUGCUGUCUCAGUGUGAGGACAGUUACAGGAGGUUUUUAAAUUUGAGAAGCAGCUUGUCAAAUUGUAGCUCUGAUUCUGAGCAGGAAAACAUCUCCAUGGUGGAAGGGUUAAAAUUGUAUUCAGAGAUUGAACAGUUGAAACAAAAGUUAAAACUCAUUGAGAAUCCCUUGUUGAGAUAUGUGUUUGGUUACCAAAAGAAUUCUAAUAUCCAAGCAAAGGGUGUCCGUGUGAGUGGUCAGAAGGUCACCCAUGUGGUCUCUUCCACCAUGAUGACUGGUCUGCUGCAGUCCUUGCUUAGGGACAAGCUUUGUCAGGACUCUUGUAAGGAAGAAAUAGAAAUUCAGUUCCAUAAUGAUCCGUUGUCUGCUAUCAAUGCCUGCUAUGAAGGCGACACGGUCAUUGUUUGCCCUGGUCAUUACGUGGUCCAUGGUACAUUCUCCAUUGCUGACUCCAUUGAGUUGGAAGGAUAUGGUCUACCAGAUGAUAUUGUGAUAGAAAAGAGGGGCAAAGGAGACACUUUUGUGGAUUGUACAGGAGCAGAUAUUAAAAUCUCAAACAUAAAAUUUGUUCAGCAUGGUGCUGUAGAAGGAAUCUUAAGCAUUCACCGUGGCAAGACUGUAUUGGAAAACUGUGUACUGCAAUGUGAAACUACCGGAGUCACCGUCCGAACAUCAGCAGAGUUAUUAAUGAAGAACUCAGAUUUAUAUGGCGCCAAGGGUGCUGGAUUAGAAAUCUAUCCUGGGAGCAAGUGCAGCCUGAGUGACAACGGGAUCCAUCACUGCAAGGAAGGCAUACUCAUUAAGGACUUCUUAGAUGAGCAUUAUGACAUUCCCAAAAUAACCAUGGUGAAUAAUGUCAUACAUAAUAAUGAAGGUUAUGGCGUUGUCUUGGUGAAACCUACAAUUUUCUCUGACCUGCAAGAAGAUGCCCAAGAUGAAACUGAAGAAAAUAAAGCACUUAAAAUUCAGACAAGUGGAGAGGUAGAUGCAGCCGAAAAACUUGAUUUAGAAGAGCUGAUUCAGUGUGCAACUGAUAAAAUGGAGCUUCAUGCAAGGUCUGACUUUUCUGAGCCAGUCGAAGGCAAUUGUGAAAUUGUAAAUGAACUAGUUGCUGCCUCCACGAAGAAAGGCCAGAUGAAGAAGAAACGGUUGAGUGAACUGGGGAUCACGGAAGCGGAUGACAAGUUAAUGUCACAGGAGAUGUUUAUUUCUAUUGCGGGGAACCAGUUCAAGUGGAAUGGGAAAGGGAGCUUUGGCACAUUUCUCUUCUGACCACUAAAAUGUGAAUACCCAAAUCGUGGAUUUUGCACGUGCUGCCCUGAGAUCACUGCUGCUUCACGUUUGCUUCGGAAUUUGCUUCGUGUGUGUGGUUUAGAUUUGCCGUAUGCAGUUGGCUUUGAGUGUAAUGUAGACUGAUUUCUCUGCAGGUGUUGCACAGAAAACACCCCUCUU